GACUCAAUCAGAUAAUAAUAAAUGUAUCCUCUUUACUUGGCUUCAUAGGUGCAUCUGCAGCUCCAAUUUUGUUAGCUUUUGCUUCGUACCAUUUACCGCCCUCAAUCUUGGGAUCAAUCUUCAUCUUGAUUUUCAGACAAUCUUUGACUCUUUCGAUUAGGACUUUCUUUGUGCCACUCUCCUUUGCUCCACGACACUCCAGCCAUCUUUUCAGCUCCGUUACACUGCACUCUGAUGGCUUCUUUAACAGUUUUGUGCCUGGCACAUCAUCCUUGUUUAAAAAAACAACUUCAGUUGCCGCCAUCAUCGAUUUAAUAACUUCGUUCUCGGAGAGCAUAAAUUUUUUCAUUGUGUUCACUUGCGAAGGCCUGUCCGCAUUCUCUUCUCAUCGUGCAUUGCGUGCAAAAUCAUGACAUAAACGGGGCGGAGCCCUAUUGAACAUGGUUGGCCAUUCUCUUCUCUGAAUAACCCUCUUAGUAAAAUCACGAAAUUUUCAAUGAUAGUGACUGGAAUCAUUUCUCUUGAAAAUGCAGUCUUCCUUCUGGCAGUGCCUUCCAUUUGAAUUACUUUUUGAGGAAAAUAUAUAACAGUCCUGCAGUCAAAACCCCACCAUGACAAUCUCAUAGAUGCUAUACCGAACAUUUCAACUUGAUAACCUGACCUUAGUGAAUUGGCCUAAGAGGAAGCAAGUACCAACUUUCAAGCAUGCUGCAGCGGCAAACACUGUGUGAUGUUUCCUCACUCCUAAAUGUCAACCACUUUGUCUAAACCUUUGCCAGCAAUCCAAUCACGACCUUCCAGGACCUUCCAAGACACAAAAUGAUUAAACUACACCGCAGGCUAAGAAGAACUAAAAGUAUUUGUGACACCUUCAGUUUCAUCAUAGCGAGUGACUUUUCUAGAAUAGAUCAUCCAAACUGCACAGACAGAAGGGGAUCGUUUCUUGUAUCGCCAGCAAGUACUGGUUUCCAUAACUAGGGGAACACAUUAUUCAUGCUCCAGUGCUACCACCCCAGAAGAAGAAUCUUUUGUCCUUUCCAAAGAACAAGACUCGCCCACUGCUUCCAAACCUCCAGCUGGUUGCCAUGCUUUUCUCCGGAAAUCCUUGGAAGGUAAGGGCUUCCAACAAAAAUUGAAAACAUCAUCCUCAAGUCAUGGAGACCAACAAAAAUGCAAAAAAUGACUCAAUACUUAAAUGGUGGGAACUUUUUGUCCUCAAAAAUAUGAAAAUAUUAAUGUACCAACUUUGAGCCUGAUGCUUGAAUUUUUAAUGCAUCCUUAUGAACAGGGAUUUCAAUAUAGUGGAAUUUGUUCGGCUAGAUCAGCCUUACCUCCAGCGUACACUCUUCGAGCACAUAUUAGCAGAGCACUCAUUAAACUCGAGAUUUGUAAAGGGCAUAUAUAAUUGCACCCACGUACAGCCAAAUAUCCCAACAUAUGGGACAUAAUAUGCACAGUGUUGGACAACUAUGCAAAAAGCAGACAAAAUAAGAAGCUUACACUUGAAGAGUUGACAAUGAAAUUUGUAAUGCUGUUAAUGAUUCUUGGGAACAAGUCUUGUGGGCAGAAGGAAACAAGCCAUAGUGGCUAUGAAAAUUGAGAAUGUUAAAAUCACUGAAGAUAAACUCCUUCUGCUUCCCAACAAAACAUUGAAACAUUCAAAACCAGGCAAACCACUAGAAUGCAUAUCUUACAAAAGGUUUAUGGGAAAUACUAUUACGGUAAACGUUUUGAACAUGAAAAUUGGUUUUUCCUUCCUAAAGGCCAAACAGCUCAAGGAAUCUGGGUAAACUAUAUAUCAUUCGAUGCACAAGAUUAUGGCGUAUCUAGCCAGAUAAAAAUUAUUGGCAAAUAAUGUUAAAUGUUAUUUUACAUGCUAAUUUACUGGUCAAAAAGUGUACCACCUUCAAAAGCUAUUAUGUACCCUUGCGUUUGAGGUAACAAAAUCUGACUUAGACCAGCAGGAAGUGCAGGUCCUAAGCGACUGCCCUGACUGUGUGCAAAUUUUCGAGCCAUUCGAUUGGUUCCUUGGGUACAUAAUAGCUUUUUCGUACCUGCAUGUAGAGAAAUUUCGAGUCCGGGGAAAACGGGAUUUUAAUGAUUGCACUUGCAAGAUACAUAUUCGGGAUCAUGUUACCCACAAUGUAAUCCAGGUCAAGUAGUUUAAGCUUUAAGAUCAAUUAGCGCCUACAAAUAAACACAAUGAUUCAUGGAUGUGCCACACUCUCACGCAAACUUCAAGAACCAGAACAACCAAAAUGGCACAGUCGAAGGCGCAACCCGAAAUGGAAAUCAUGCUCGAGCAAAUGAGGAGGCAUGGGUAAGAGAGUUUUCUUUUUUUAAUGAGAUAACGCUGGAUUUUUCUUUUCAAAAGCUUCUUAUAUAUUUCUUAAGAUAAUAUAUAACAAAAAGCUACAGAACAAGGGUAUGGAACACCUUUGAAAGAAAUUCAGUAUUUUGAUAAUUGCAACAAAAAUAAACAUCAGAUGAUUUCUUGAAAUUAUCUGUUAGUAUUUUAGAACUUUCUCUUAUAACCCUUUGUGAAAACAAACUCCGUUUUCCCACAUCAAAUUUUGUUUCUUUCUACAAGUUCAAUGGAAAGGAAUUUGCAAAGAAUUUGGUAAAGAGCAUUAGCGAUAAAAAGAAACGGGGGAAGACGCCCCGGCAAAAUCGCUAUUUUCACUACUGCUGCAUUAAAGGUUAUCAGUUUUAAAGUUAGUUUUUCAAGUCUAGUCAAUGACCCUAUUGGUAAAAAUCAUAAUGUCAAAUGGGGCAUCUCAUCAACAAAAACAUUUUAACUCAAUAAGUUGCUCAAUGAGAAAAACAAUCAAUGAAUUUUACCGCAUUUCAAUAAGAUUGCAUAGUCUCUCUAGAUGCUAAAAAAUGUUCAAAGGACAAUGUACUGCUUAUAAGGGUUCCUGAAUUUCCUCACUUGACCCUCAACUCUAUUUGCUAAGAGUGUAAUUUAGGAGAAAGAGGUGCGAUGAGAAGUCACUUGACCGCUUUACUGUUAGGCCACGCCACGCCUACAUCGAGAUGAAGUCGGCUGGUGCUCGUGCAGGCGCACGUCAGAAUCAAAAUGCUGAAGCUUAUCAGGCGUAUUUUGAUGAAAAGUUUGCUGAAUUAAAGAAAGAAAUGGCAACAAAGAAAUGCAUUGAUCAUUUACAUGCAACUAUAAAGAAACAGAAUGACAAAAUCGAAAUGUUAGAGUCAAAAAUCGUGAUGAUGGAACGGCAUAUUGCUCAACUUCAAAAUAAUCUGGAUGAUAAUGAGCAGUACAACCGACGAUUGUGUCUCAGAAUCAACGGCUUACUUCCAGUGGCUGAAGGAGAAAGUGAAACAAGUGAAAUGUGCUUAGAGAAGGUGAAGAAUGUAUUCAAAGAAAAAGAAUUAGAGGUCGAUGUCCCUGAUGCAGUGAUAGACCGUGCACAUAGGAUUGGCUCACCAAAGAUCGUCAAAGGAAAGAAAAUACAUCAGGUCAUUGUGCGUUUUACAACAUGGCGACAUAGAACUUUGGUAUAUCGAGCAAGGAAAAAAUGCCCCAAAUACAGGAUAAAGCUGGACCUAACCAAGCGUAGAAUAGACAUAAUCCAGAAGGUAACGUCUUUCCUCAAGGAAAAGGAAUUGGGUUUUGCAUUUGCAGAUGUAAAUUGUCGAUUGAGUGUCAAGAUUGGAGACGUAUUUGAGCAUUUUAACAGUGAAGAGGACUUGAUGGACAUAGUUCGAAGAUAUGAUGAGAAAAGUGAACCUGAGAGCCAUCCUAAACAGAGCAAUGAUGCCACUGCAGAUAAUGAUUUUACGGGUGAUGAUGCUGCUGCAGAAACUACUGCAGUCUCAGAGUCGUAAGGACCUCUUACAUUAACCCAUAUAUCUGUCAUCUUUUGUCGUUUUUCUGCAUAAACCGUUAUGCAUCGAAUAACCCUUAUCUCCGUAUGGUCGCAAUCCGGUAUUAAAAGCAACCUCAUCUAUUAUAUAAAAUUUGUAGAUAUUCUGCUUUACUGUAGGCAAUUUUAUCCAUUUUGUUGUUCCCUUUUUUAAUGAGGUGAGUUUGUAAAAUCCGGACGACUGACAGAAGUAUUGCUCUUUUGUAGUUAAGGUUUUCCCCUCGGUGGGUUUUAAGGGUGGGUGAUGAUUUGGACAAAAACCCUUUUCGAUGCUUGAGUUUCGCCCGCUCGGGAGAUUCCCAUGAGUUAAAAUCAGACUUGGGGUGGCUCUGCUUUCUGCUCUGGUGCGCGGUUUUUGCGGGUCGGCGUCUCGCUGUUCGCUGAGGCAGAGGGCGGAGUCACCUAAACUUAGGUUUCUUGAAUUAGUUCGGGUCCGUCGCCCUGAUCCACCGCUGCAGGUAACUAUUUUUAACUACAGUGCGUUUGAAGAAAUUCCCAGCCAUGAAACUAGAGCUGUCUUUCUUGACUUGUCGAAGGCAUUUGAUAGGGUCUGGCAUGAGGGUCUACUAUACAAAUUGCAAUGCAGUGGCAUAGAUGGAAACCUUAUCUCGUUGAUUCGGAAUUAUUUGGCAAAUCGAAAACAGCGUGCAGUGCUGAAUGGCAAAAGCUCACAAUGGACAUCAAUAUCUGCAGGAGUGCCACAAGGCUCAGUAUUAGGACCCUUGUUUUUUUCUAGUGUACAUAAAUGACCUUGUUGAUAAUGUUCACUGCGAUGUGAGAAUGUUUGCGGAUGACACAUCUCUUUUUUCUGUUGUAAACGAAGUCAAUAGAACUGCAGAGGACUUAAAUAGGGACCUUGAGACGGUACGUUUGUGGGCAUGGAAAUGGAAAAUGCAGUUCAAUGCGGAUAAAACUGAAGAAAUUAUCUUUUCUUGCAAGAGACGUAAGCCCUUCCAUCCUCCCCUGUCUUUGGGAUCCAACGAGAUAAAUACAAAAUCUGAGCACAAACACCUGGGUCUAACUCUUGACUCUAAAUUAAAUUUUGAAAGCCAUAUUCGAGAAGCUAGUUUAAAAGCAAG